UUUUUGUUCUUUUUGAAAAGAUGUUCAAGCACUAUGGGAACACAUAAUCUAACAGUUGUCUCAGAGUUCCGUCUCAUGGGCUUCUCAGAGGAUCCAGACCAGCAGCUUGGUCUCUUUGGGCUAUUCCUGUCCAUGUACCUGGUCACAGUGCUGGAGAACCUGCUCAUCAUCCUGGCAGUCAGCUCUGACUCCCAACUCCACACCCCCACGUACUUCUUCCUCUCCAACUUGAUCCUGGCUGACAUCUAUUUAACUUCCUCCACGGUCCCAAAGAUGAUAGCGGACAUUUUAAGUCACAGAAGAGUGAUCUCCUAUGUGGGCUGCCUCACACAGAUGUCUUUUUUUAUCCUUUUUGUGUCUAUGGACAACAUGCUUCUGACUGUGAUGGCCUAUGACCGGUUUGUGGCCAUCUGCCACCCCCUGCACUAUGCAGUCAUUAUGAACCCUCGCCUCUGUGUCUUACUACUUUUGCUCUCAGUCUGUGCUAGCCUCUUCGGCUCUCAAGUGCACAAUUUAAUUGCCCUACAACUUACAUGUUUCAGAGGUGUGGAAAUUGCUAAUUUCUUCUGUGAUCCUUCUCAGCUGCUUAACCUUUCAUGUUCUGAUACCUUAAUCAGAACCAUAGUUACCUACAUUGUUACCACCAUGUUUGGCUUUAUUCCAGUAUCAGGCAUUGUUUUCUCUUACUAUAAAACUGUUUCCUCCCUUCUGAAAAUCCCAAAAUCUGGGGGAAGGUACAAAGCCUUUUCUACCUGUAGUUCACACCUGUCACUUGUUUGCUUAUUUUAUGGAACAGGGCUUAUAACGUACCUUGGUUCAGGUAGGUCCUACUCUCCCAGCAAGGACAUGGUGGUCUCACUCAUGUACUCUGUGGUUACCCCUAUGCUGAAUCCUUUCAUCUACAGCCUGAGGAACAAGGACAUUAGCAGGACCCUGAAGAGACUCCACAGCUGGAGAUUCUAA